AUGUCUUGCCCCGUACGUCUUUAUCCUCUACGCAAGCCGAAGAACCAUCGCGUUCCGAUUCCCAGAUGGCAGCUUGCACUUGCUAAGACUGUCACGCACGUCUUCACGACCUACAUUGGAGUCCAGAUGCGCUCGGAGGACGAAGCCUCGACGCGGGCUCGAGCUCAUGUUUCUUCUGCGAUCAGAAGUUGGCUCCGGGCGGAUCAUGGUCCAGGUGCAUCGGAGUCUUUCACGAUGAUUGAUGGGGCCGAGAAAGCUGAUUCGUUUAUCUGGGUCUGCUACUGGCUUGAUAGUGCCAAGUAUCACCAGGCCCUGAAACACCUUUCGUUAGCCACUCUAUUCUCCGGUUUAGAGGAGAAAGGCCGGGGCUCUAUGGGCAUCUGGCGAGAAAGUUUUGCUACUGCCAUUCCGAGACUAGAGACCAAUUACUCCGGUCUUGAUUAUCUUCCGGGUUUGGCGAGGCUCCCAGGCGCAGGUACUGAGGAGCACAGCCUUUCUGCUUAUUGGGGUGCUGCGAGAGAUCGCAUUCCUGAUCCUUCGCAUGACUUAUUUCCGAAAACCCCACACGCAACCCUGCCUCGUACAGUUCCUACAGGUCUCGGACAACACUUGAUCGGCACCAACCAACACAACCUCGUUCACAUUCGGUCCGGGCAGUUUUGGGAGAAUUGUGGCCAGCAGGAGGCUGAUGCAUACGAGAGGAAACUCGAGCCCACACUCCACGAAGGGCUCCAGUACCUCUGGGAGCAUCCUAAAGAGACCGAAGCCAUGGGUGUUCGUUAUCUCAAGAACGAAGACGAUGCUCCAUCGAGCGGGCGACCUCGAAAAGAGACUUGCGGUACUGCUUUUUUCAGCAGCCUUGAUAGAUUGGAGCACUGGGCCAAGACUCAUCCCUCUCAUCUAGCUAUAUAUCGCGGCGCACUGACGCAUUAUAAAGCAUUCGGUGAUGCUAGGCUGUUGCGCACUUGGCAUGAGGUUUCCAUUUUGCGGGAAGGAGAUGCAGUCUUUGAGUACAUCAAUUGUACUCCAGGAACGGGCGUGAUCCAGACCGUUGAGCUCGAGGUCAAGAGCAGCUGGGACGAUGGAAUGUCAAACGGGGAAGGGAUGACACAAGCGCACACAAGAACAAGCGUAGCAUUUUGA